CUUGUCUAGUUUACAGUCUGUACAUUGAUCCCUCUGCUUUCCUACUUCACACAGAUCAUAGCUUUUCUGGUGUUACUGUGACUGGUUAGUGGGUGUGAGGCAUGAGACACAAAUAUGUCCUCCUGGCGAUGGUGCUGGCGUGCUUCUGCUUCUUCUCUUACCAUCAACGAGGCAGUGAAAAGACCGUUUAUUACUACACCAAAGUCUUUCGAAACAUUACGCCCUUAUCCUCCGACCUUCAGAACACGGGAGGUGAGCGUCAGCCGUGGUGGCGGGAAGUGGUGUGCGAGAAGGAUAAUCUCACGACCCAACAGACGGGCAAACCUCUGAAGCUGCUGUUCAGAGACGUGACGCCAGUAAAGGACAAUAACAUUUUUCUGGUGUACACGUCGUGCAACUCAAGACCGCUUUAUCGUGCCUGGUGCGCCGUUGAAAGCUGGGCGAGGCUGAAUCCAGGUCGUCAUGUAUGGUUUCUGCUCACCUCGGGUAGGGCAGAGGAGACGGAGCAUCUCUCGACCCUCCUGAAGCACUAUGAUAACCUUCAAGUUGUGGGUGCUGACCUCGAUGAUUUGUUCACAAACACGCCUCUUGAGUCGUUCUUCAACGGACGGAAUUGGACUCGGAAGGACUCGUGGCCCAUCAUCCAGAUGAGUAACAUGUUGCGUGUGCUACUGUUGUGGCAUUUUGGCGGCGUGUACAGUGACACCGACAUGAUUAAUCUGCAACCCUUCACGCUGCCGCUUAAUGGCAUUGGCAUGGAAACCUCCGACAGGGUGUGCAAUGCCUUUUUAAGCUUCCAUGCCAACCAUCCAUUCCUCAGCUACCUGAUGAAUUUCAUGGCUCAACAAUUUGAGCCCAGGAAGUGGGGAAGCAUUGGAAUUUUGGCCAUCACAAAGGCGGUAAAAAAGAUUUGUAAGAAGAACCUUUCCGACCUAUUUAAGAGAGCCCCAGUGACCUGCCCAGGGAACUUCACAAUAUACCCGAAAAUAUCCUUCUACUCAGUUCUUUAUAAUACUUACUCGAAGUACUUCCGUCCAGGAGGAGGAAAGGACUUCGAUAAGAUAUUCACCUCCAAGAGCUUCGGCGCACACUUCUGGAACAAGUUUACCAAGAAUAUUUAUGUGAAGGUAAACAACAACACCUUAAUCGAAGUGCUAGCCAGAAAAUUCUGUCCAUUUACCUUUCGAAUUGCCACAGCCCACUCAGAUAUUUACUGAGAAUAGAGAAUUGACUAAAAUAUUAGUAUCUCAUUAAUGUAUCAAUAAUGAUGUAUUUACCCUGGGUGAAACAAAAUCACACACACACACACACACACACACAAAAGUUAUGUAAUGUAUCACUGCUUGUUACAUUUGGAUAGGUUUGGGAUUUAUACUUCUCCAUGGUUAGCCUCUAUUAAAAACAUAUGUAAUGAGUGUGGUACGUCAUGGUUAUGGUUGUCUCAAGAUGUUCCCAAUACAACAUGGGUUAAAAAAGCUGUGGAAUUGAGAUUGAAAGAUCAGUGGAUUGCAACUUGGCACAGCAACAUAGUAACAUAGUAACAAAAUCUCUAUGUAGUAGCUACAAAAUGUUUAAGGUGGAUUAUGGCAUGGAGUGGUGUAUUUCAAGGUUACAGAAGAGCAACCGAAUAAUGGUGACGAGAUUAAGAACUUGUAACAACAGAUUGCCUGUUAAUGCUGGCAGGUAUCAAGGUGUAAAUAGAGAAGAUCGGCGUUGUAAUAAGUAUGAUGCUGGUGUUGUGGGAGAUGAAUUUCAUGUCCUUUUUGAGUGCACUGAUAGUGAAUUUGUAAGGGUGCGUGAUAUGUACAUACCAAGCUGUUAUACACACAGGUCAUUGUAAUGGCCCGAAAUGUACUACAAUUGUAAUGGUAUUUUUCCCCAUGUAAAUAGAGUUAACCUGGGGUGUUUGCGCAACCAGUUAUAUAUGUAUGUGGGUUUCUCAUGAGAGAGAGAGAGAGAGAGAGAGAGAGAGAGAGAGAGAGAGAGAGAGAGAGAGAGAGAGAAAGGAAAGAAGGAAGUACACAAGAGGAGGAAAAAAAUGAAAAGUAUGAGAGGGGAGAGAGAGAAAGAAGUAUGAGAGAGAAGGGAGAGAGAGAGAGAGAGCGAGAGGGAAGAGAUGGGUGUUGAAACAAAGAGGCUGUUGUGCUCCCAUAUCUCCCCUACAAUCUGUAGUGUCAACAAAAUUCAGAGGUGUCAGGGGUCAAAACAGGGUAUUGUUGCCAAAAGUGGUCAAUUUCCCUUCUUUUAAUUAUUGCGGGAGAACGGUAAAUAUUUAUAAUGGAAAUAAAAUACCAGAGACCUUAUAUUGAUACUGGAGGCCUACCAAGGAAAUCUCAGGUCUCAAGCAGGCCUAACCUGCGGUCAGUUUGUCACUCCGUGACGUCACACCAAGGCAUUUUGGGGCCGAGACUAACGCCCCUUCCUCGCAUUAGGUUGUGGGAGCGAGCUCAUUCUCACGAGCGACAUCGCCCCUUUCAGGUGAGGAAAGAACUGUUCACGGUGUUCAACUCACUUUGGCUAUAAUACUAUAACUGAGACUGGAUUCUCACGAGCGACAUCGCCCCUUUCAGGUUCGCCAAAGGCAAGCCUGACAGAUGGGAAGCUGGGCGUCGCCCAGACCAAUUAAGGCCAACAUGCAGCAGUAAACACUUUUGAAGCUGCGUUGUGGGGGAUUGACUGUGGCAGGGUGUGUGAAGAGAGGAAGGAAGGAGAAGGCCAAAAGGGUGGUAUGUGUGUCGUUCUCAGGGGUAACAAUGGAUAAGCGCAAACACACUAGUUUUAGUUAGGACUUAAUUAAGGUGUGGAAUGGUGGAGUCUGUGUUUCCCCGUGUGGGUGGAAACAGUAUUAUGUUGGUGCUGCUUAUUGCCAUGUGUGCAUGCUAGGUUAAGGUGUUAAUGUUAACCUGUGUUCAUGGUAUUUAUAAGUGUAAUCAGUGAUGUAAGAUACGUAAGCUAACCUCUAAUAAGUGGACCCUGUCCUAUGACCCUUAGUUCACCAUCAGAAUCCCUAAACAAUAAUUACCUCAAGUAACUUUCUUAAAGUCGUGGUACCUAUAUUACUUGGACAGGUGAUGAUCCUGUGUGCGAUAAUGGUGCCUUAUAAGACUGGGUGAAUAAACUACUAAUUUUA